UGCUUUUCAUGAGUCCAGCCUAUUUUCCUUUUUUGGCUGAAUGUGCGAGAACUGAGGGCUUUUUCAGAUGAUCUCCUUUGCCGGUUGCAGUCUGCAGCAGGAGAGGAUGUACAAGACGCACCGGGGCCACGAGUCCAUGCACGUGGAGAUGAUCUUGAUCUUCCUCUGUGCCCUGGUCAUCGCCCAGGUCGUGCUGGUGCAGUGGAGACAGAGGCAUGGCCGGUCCUACAAUCUGGUGACCCUGUUGCAGAUGUGGGUUGUCCCUUUGUAUUUCACGAUAAAACUUUACUGGUGGCGGUUUCUGUCUCUUUGGGGAAUGUUCUCAGUUACCACCAGUUACAUCCUCUUCAGAGCUACCCGAAAACCCCUCUCAGGGGGAACACCACGAUUGGUCUACAAAUGGUUUCUUCUCAUCUACAAACUCAGCUAUGCAUUUGGUGUUGUAGGCUAUUUGGCGAUCAUGUUUACAAUGUGCGGAUUAAAUUUAUUUUUCAAAAUCAAGGCUAGAGAUUCCAUGGACUUCGGCAUCGUGUCCUUGUUCUAUGGCCUCUACUAUGGAGUGAUGGGGAGAGACUGUGCGGAGAUCUGCUCAGAUUGCAUGGCUUCUACUAUAGGGCAGUUCUACAGUGUCAGUGGGAUGCCCACCAGGAGCCUGUCAGACAACAUCUGUGCCGUCUGCGGGCAGCAGAUCAUUGUGGAGCUCGACGAGGAAGGGCUCAUCGAAAACACCUACCAGCUUUCGUGCCAUCACGUCUUUCAUGAAUUCUGCAUCCGAGGUUGGUGUAUCGUUGGGAAAAAGCAGACCUGCCCUUACUGCAAAGAGAAGGUUGAUUUGAAGAGGAUGAUCAAUAACCCCUGGGAGCGCACACACAUUCUAUACGGACAAAUCCUGGACUGGCUUCGUUACCUGGUGGCCUGGCAGCCCGUGGUGAUAGGAAUCGUUCAAGGCAUUAACUAUUCUCUCGGGCUGGAAUAACACAGACGACUUACCC